CACUGAAGUAUAAAAGUGGCGGAUCAUCUUUGACGUAAAUCAGUUCUGAGUUGAAAGUCAAUCAGAUUAAAUAUUAUGUACAAAUUAAUCGUUCUGUUUGCGGUGCUGGCGAUCAGCAGCCAAGUUCUGGCGAAACCGCAUCCUGGAAUGGUCGCAGGAUUGCACUCGUUGCGUCCAUCAGGAUAUCUUACCUCCGGUGUGCAUGACGCAAUUUUCUUGGACACACGAGGCGCUGAGUUCGAAGGGAUGGAAAUUGCAGCAGUCCGCGUGAGUCGAUCCUUGCAAGAUGCAUCAAGCAAAUCUUCGUCUUCCGACGAGUCGUCACCGAGCGUCGCAUCCCCCGAAUCGCCGGAAUCUGUCGAAUCCCGUCAGUCCUCUGCAUCCUCUGAAUCCUCUGAAUCGAGCGAGUCCCGUUAAUAAUGCAAGACAGACACUGUUUGCAAAUUCGCGAAUCAGGAGUACGAAAUAAUAAUUAAUUGCUGCCAUGAUCGAUAUAAGAGAAUU